AGGCGCUGCGCCAAGCCCGGCCGAAGUGGGGCGAGCCGGCGGGGCUGCGGAGGGCGAGUGGACUCAGGGUUGUUGGGAGGAGUCGAUGACGUAAUACGGGAAGCCCCAAGCCACGUGCCAACGGGCACUCUGGGAAGGUGACGUCAAGACUAGCCCAGCAUAAUUUGGGGUUCCUGGUUCUGCGCCAGGAGUCCUCCAGCCUGCAGCCCCUGCCGAGGAGGGAGGAUUGACCAGCACAGGGUGGGGGUCCAAGUGUCAGGGACCCAGGAGGCCUGGCUCAUAGUAUAGAAGGCUCAGAGCUGCGUCGGCAGUCAGGAAGCCCUGCCCCGAUGCCUGCGUGACCUUGGGCAAGGUCUUCGUUCUCCUUGGGGCACGUUCACUCAUCUGGAGAACACAGGGUCGGUCUGGCUGCCCUGAGACUCUGCCAAUAAUUUUAAGUCGGGUGGCAGGAGCCUGCUAAAUUUGCUGGUGGAGGCGGCUGCGUUCAGAGCCUGGCCUGCCAGGACCUCACUCAGUCCUGGGUGUCUUGCUGAAGGGCGAGAGGAGAAGCCAUGCCGGGCAGCGGCCCCAGCGAGAGGAUGACGUGGCCUGGCCCGGCCCUCCCCGCGGCCCCCCCAACGCACCCUCUCUCCUCAGCCCCGGGGACACCACCCAUCCCACCGCUCACCCGGACCCGCAGCCUCAUGGCCAUGUCUUUGUCGGGCGGUAGACGGGCCUCGGCUGGAUCCCGUAGCGGGGGCCCUUUGGGCCGCAGCGGCCUGGCGGUGUUCGCCCAGUGUCCGCAGCUGCCCGCCAGCCAGAACGAGCACCUGCCUCUUCUUCCUGCCUCCAGGCGCACCUCUCCACCCGUGAGCGUGCGGGAUGCCUACGGCACCUCUUCUCUCAGCAGCAGCAGCAACUCGGGCUCCUGCAAGGGCAGUGACAGCAGCCCCACGCCCAGGCGCUCCAUGAGAUACACAUUGUGCAGUGACAACCAUGGCAUCAAGCCGCCUACCCCUGAACAGUACCUGACCCCACUGCAGCAGAAGGAGGUGUGUAUCCGGCACCUGAAGGCCAGGCUGAAGGACACGCAAGACCGGCUCCAGGACCGGGACACAGAGAUCGAUGACCUUAAGACGCAGCUGUCACGCAUGCAGGAGGACUGGAUCGAGGAGGAGUGCCACCGCGUGGAGGCCCAGCUGGCCUUGAAGGAGGCUCGCAAGGAGAUCAAGCAGCUCAAGCAGGUCAUUGACACUGUCAAGAACAACCUGAUUGACAAGGACAAAGGGCUGCAGAAGUACUUUGUGGACAUCAACAUCCAGAACAAGAAACUGGAGACACUGCUGCACAGCAUGGAGGUGGCCCAGAACGGCACGGCCAAGGAGGACGGCACAGGGGGGUCAGCAGGCGGGUCUCCGGCCCGCUCCCUCACCCGAAGCUCCACUUACACCAAGCUGAGUGACCCAGCCGUCUGCGGUGACCACCCCCCUGGGGACCACCCCGGCUCCUCCACGGAGGAUGGGGCUGAUAGUGGCUUCGUGGCGAACGAUGACGCGAUGAGCCGGACGGACGCACUGGAGGCCAGCAGCCUGCUGUCAUCAGGGGUGGACUGUGGCCCUGAGGAAUACAGCUCCUUAAGCCUGGGCCCCCGUUUCCCCGCCAGCAACACCUACGAGAAGCUGCUGUGUGGCAUGGAGGCUGGCGUGCAGGCCAGCUGCAUGCAGGAGCGUGCCAUCCAGACAGACUUGGUGCAAUACCAGCCUGACCUGGACACCAUCCUGGAGAAGGUGACCAAGGCCCAGGUCUGUGGGACAGGCCCUGAGUCAGGGGACAAUUGCCCGGAGCCGGAUCCCCACCCGCCAGGGCCCAGAGACCCCAACUCAGCAGUGGUGGUGACGGUGGGUGAUGAGCUUGAGGCCCCGGUGCCCAUCACCCGUGGGCCCACCCCACACGGGCCUGGUGCCAACCCCAACCCCAGCCUGUCGGUGAGCGUGGCGUGUCCCAUGGAAGAGGAGGAGGAGGCCGCCGGAGCCGAGAAGGAGCCCAAGAGCUACUGGAGCCGCCACUACAUUGUGGAUCUGUUGGCCGUGGUCGUGCCGGCCGUGCCCACGGUGGCCUGGCUCUGCCGCUCCCAGCGGCGCCAGGGGCAGCCCAUUUACAACAUCAGCUCCCUGCUGCGGGGCUGCUGCACCGUGGCCUUGCACUCCAUCCGCAGGAUCAGCUGCCGCUCGCUGAGCCAGCAGGGCCCGGGCACGGCCAGCGGCUCCCAGCUCUGAGGAGGCCCGUCUGGCCAGUGGGCUCCGGCAGCCUGACCGCUGAUUCUAGGGGUGUCAUCCUCCCUCUCGCACAUCCCCAUGGGGCAUCAUCUUAUUUAUUUAGUAUUGGGUUGCAAGUGGGUAUUUUUUUUUUUUAGGAUGUUAAAAGUGUCGGGGGGCUGGGAGCCGGGAUUGGAGAAAGGCAUCCCAAAGCUUGGACAGGAGAGAAGGGAAGAGAGACCCCGGGUAGGGAGGCAUGCUGGUUGGACGCACCACAGAGAGGGAAGGUGGUGAGGCCCCGCCCCCUGGCCCUUCACAAGGACAGCCCCUGCUCAGGAAGUCUCCAGUGUAUUGAUUUGGGGACUCUGGGCCCGAGAAGCCUCCUCGUGCCCCGAACCCCAUAUCCUGUCCAGUUCCCUGCUCACUCCAUGCCUCCUCUCCCAGGCCACCCCUUGCCCUCAGCCCGGCUUCUGGGCCAGUAUUAUGUCCUCACGUGGAGGCAGCUGCAGUCCAAAGAACAGGCGCCUGACCCCAAGACCUCAAGCCGGGUCUGCAAGCCCUGGGCCUGGGCUGGAGCUCCAGCCUCCUCAAGCUGCUCCCCACUUUGGGAUUCAGAAGCAGAGUCAAGGUCAUGGGCUAGAGGAGAGACAGUGAUAGGCAAAAGGCAGCCGAGGGCAGCAUGGGGGCUGCAUCCGUCUGUUCCUCCCAGACCUCCCCCGCGACCCACUUUCCUCCUGCGCUUCUGGGUGUGUCAGAUAAUUCUUCCUGUGAGAGCUCAGCCGGACAGGCUCCUCGCCACAGGGGCAGGAAUGCUCCCCUCCAGAGAGCCUGCCAGCACAAGGAGAGGAGGCAGGGGCUGCAGCUCAGGGGACCCCUCCAGCCCUGGAGGUGAGGCUUGGGAGGCAGGGCUGGACUCAGCAGUCCUCAGCAGGUGUGAAAAGGCAGGGGCCGUGAGGGCCCCUGGAGCUGGCCCCAAGUUUUUCUGGGGGCUUCAGCCCAAUUUCUGUCAUGCACUUUGUUCACUUUGGGGUUUGGGUCUCACGCCUCCCAAGAUCUCCUGUGAAGUGGCUGCUUGCUUUCCAGGGUGAGGGAAUCUUAGUUCCUGAAUCUUAGAUCUACCUGCCGGGGGUGGAGGGGGGCAGGAUUCAGCAGGAUGAAGGGCAAGAUGGGGUACAGAAGCCGUGACGUUAUCUAGGACAAAGCAGGGUGCCCCGGGAUGUGUCCUGACCAGGGGCAGGGCAGGGCCAGUGGGAGCCCUGCAGCUUCCCUGCUCCCGUCCGAGCCCAGUUGGCCUGGGAAAGUUCUCUGUCCCCCCUCCUUCCCCGGGACCAUAUCUGGGCCCCCCAGCAAAGCUGCUGACAUUUUACCACCGUUAUUAUUUUACAAAGUAAAUCCGCGCCUCUUCCCCUGCAGGGCUUACACCCAUCUGGUCAUCCCGCCCACUCUUCAGAGUUAGGCCCCACACUUGAGAGAGUUGGUGGGACCCUGUGUCCUACUCGCCCCCCUGGCCUAGGGGACACUCUGGUUCUCUGCCAAGGUUGCUUGCCCGCCCCUGCCGCUCCAACAGCCGUUGCCUGACUCAUGGGCUCCGCCCUUCCUCUCCGUGCCCUCCUUGCGAGAGGGGGCGCCUGCAUGCACUGGGAGUGGGCGGCCAGCCCAGCCGUCGGGGCCGCAGCCCCUUCUGCCACGCGCUUUGUGCCUCCAAAGCUCCCCGCCGUCGGUCGGGGCCUCAGACCAGCCAUCUUUUGUGGAGCGCCCCCCGCCCCAGCCGAACCAAACCUGAACUCCUGGGGCCUGGCGGGGCUGCCCCAAGGACACUGGGGUCAUGACAUGGAGGGGCAGUGGACAAACCCAAUCCAAAGCCAAGCCAGGACGGGCUGCGGACCCAGCCUCCUGUGCCGUGUACUCACGGAGCUGCAUAGCGUCUCCUUAGAAAUAGUCAAAGCUUUGCCGAGAAAAUAAAUGUAUGACUCUACUUGACAACCUAAAACCUAUAUAUUUUUCACCACUGGAAUUUAGUGGAGCUGCGUAGCCCCUCUGCUCCUGUCCGUGUCUUGCUGUCUGUGGCCUUCCUAUUGUGUCUUGUGUUUUGGUGGACGUGGUCAGGGCUGGGGCCACAGUCCUGCUGUCCCUGCUGCUGGAGAAGCCGCUGGUGAAGGGCUGUCCCGGGCCUGGACCCAAGGCCUCUGGAUGAGGUGAGUGGGGCCGGCUGCCACCCUCCAUUCCUGCUCUGGCUCGAGACCUGCGUGUCUGGGUCACAGGGACCCUCGCCCACAGUGUGAGGGUCCUCUUUUUGGGGAGUCUGAUGGGACCUUCCACAGGCUUCUCUUCACGUCAGAGGAGGAGGCAGCUCACUGGCCAGCACUGGGACAGGCCCUGGGGGACCAUUUGGUCGGUGGUCCCGUGGGGCCCCUGCGUGUGUGCGUGUGUGUGCUCAGUGUCCGCAUCUAUGCAAAAGGUGCAGUGCAGCCUGUGCAGCUCCGGGUGGUAGAGGCACAGCAGCCUGAGCCCCUGACUAUGCAGGGCACAGAAUGCGGGGCUGUGGGGCAAGGCUGGCGGCCGGGCUGUCGAGUGCUCAUCCUCCAAAUACCUGCUUCAUACCUCCUCCUGGUGGGCUGCGACUUCUCCCUCCUGCCCUUGGCUUCUGGAGCAGAAAUCUCAGGGGCGUCCGCUCUCCCCAGCCCCUGGCCAGAGCUGAUUAGAUCCUAAGGGGCAGUGUUCCCAGGAACCAUCUGCUGGUUUCUUGGAGCCCAGUAGUCAGAAGAGGCCUCUCAGUUGUGAGGCCCGGGGCCAGAGUGGCCCUGCUGCUGCUCUGAUCCAGGUGCAGGCAGUAGUCAGAGGCGAGGGCCAGGACUCUGCUCACAGAGCUGGCCUCGAGCGGAGUUUAACCAAAUAUCUCCCAAGGGGAUAACUUAGCUUUUCACGGAACACCUUCCCAGUCACCACGGGCACGGGGGUAUCUGACAGCUCCGUGGGGAGGGGUGGUCAAAUGACAAGGCUCUGGGCAAAGGCCUACUGAGGGGCCUCUGCCCAGUGAGCUCCUAAUCCCCUCUCUGACGUGGGGCACAGUGCAAAUGAAUCACAGUGCACCCUCAUAGUCGGCCACCCCCUUGACAGAAUUCAGGGGACCCAGCAAGGAGGGAGGUGGGGAGGAGUCUUCACUUUCGUCCCCUUUGUCCCUUUGUUCAGACAGAGCUAUACCUACAGCAGGCAGCUCUGAAUUAAAGCAUGAAACACACAAGA